AAACAAAAAUAUCAUAAUCAAAAAAAAAAAAUUGUGUCCCCAAGACAAAGAAAGCUCAAAACUACUUAAAUUCGCCAUCUUUCAUCUCCACUCUUCUCUUAACACACACACACACAACACAACACCCUAAUCCAUUUCUCUCUCUCUCUCUCUCAACCAAAACCAAAAAAGAGAGAAUAAAGAGGAGAAAUCAAAAUAAAGCAAACCCAAUCUUUAACCUUCUUCAAGAACCCCAGAUUCGUUGUUACUUUCUCAUUCAUUCAUUCUUCUUCUUCUUCUUCUUCUUCUCAACAUUUUCUUGAUUCUUAAAGUAAAACAAGAAUCACACUUUGUUGUUUCAAGAAGCAAACAAAAACAAAAGUUUUCAUUUCUUUCCCAAGAUGAGAGAUUUGGUGUCAUGUUUUAGCGAGAACUCAAUAAACGUGACACAUCCAUUAUCAUUAUCAUCUUCAUCAUCAUCAUGUUCAAAGUACAGUACAAACAACGUUUGUAUCUCACCAUCAUCAUCAUCUCUCAUACCAUCAUCAACACAAACAGCCAUUACAAGCAUCUACAAGAUCACUCUAACCAAGCAUCAUCUCAUCAUCAAAGUCACUUGGUGUAAUCCACACAACAACAAUGGUCUAAGCAUCUCUGUUUCUUCCGCAGAUCAAAACCCUUCAACGCCUCUCAAACUCAACACUUCUUCUCGUUUCUUCCGUAAGAAGAAAGGUAACAAAUCUGUGGACUCUGAUCUCGGCAAGAUCGAGGUCUUUUGGGAUCUUUCUUCAGCUAAAUACGAUUCAAACUCUUGUGGUCCUGAGCCUAUCAAUGGCUUCUACGUUAUCGUCCUCGUUGAUGGUCAAUUAGGUCUUCUUCUUGGUGACACAUCCGAAGAGACUCUCCGUAAAAAGGGUUUCUCCGGCGACAUAGGUUUCGAUUUCUCUCUUGUUUCUCGACAAGAACACUUCACAGGGAACAACACUUUCUACUCGACCAAAGCUAGAUUCGUUGAGAAAGGAGACUCGCACGAAAUCGUCAUCAGAUGUAAUAAAGAAACAGAGGGUCUAAAACAGAGCACUCAUCAUCAUUACCCUGUUCUCUCUGUUUGUAUCGACAAGAAGACAGUGAUUAAAGUGAAGAGGCUUCAAUGGAACUUUAGAGGGAACCAGACGAUCUUUGUUGAUGGGUUGCUAGUGGAUCUGAUGUGGGAUGUUCAUGAUUGGUUCUUUAGUAAUCCAGGAGGAGGAGCUUGUGGAAGAGCUGUGUUCAUGUUUAGGACAAGGAAUGGUUUAGACAGUAGCAGGCUUUGGUUAGAAGAGAAGAUGGUUAAGAAAGAUGAACAACAAGACAAGCUUGACUUCUCUCUCCUCAUUUACGCCUGUAAGAGUUAAAAGAAACACAAAACUACAAAAAAAACAAAACUAAAGAAAACUCAAUUUUUUUUUGUUUUCUUUGUUUUUGAGAUUUAUUACAAGAAAUUGGUGAUUUGAUUAUGUUUUUUUAAUAUUUGAGAAUUUUUUUAUGGGUUUUUUUUCUUCUUGGGAGGAGGAGUAUAGAUUUUUUAUUUUUUUCUUACAUAUUUUAUAUUAUUUUUGAGUUGUGAUUUAAUAUUGAGAAAUUCGAAAAAUGUGAAUUUCUUCA